CCAAACUGCUGGAAGAAAAUCAUUGCUUUCCUGACACAAGAUCCCAGCAUGCAGCAUCUACUAUUACUUUGCCUUCUCUCUGUAACCUGUGAUGGCUUCAGGAGGUAAGACCCACCAACAGAAUAGUAUUGUUUACUAGUCUUCUGAUUAUAGAACAAUCAUUCUAUUGCUAUCAAGAAUAUAUAUUUAGAAGGUUAUUAGUCUUCUAGCAGCAUACACAAUCAGUCUGAAUUAGCAUUGGGCUAAUAUAAAGAUGUAUUUUAUAUGUAUAAUGCAAGCUUUAAUUUUUCACUGUAAUGUAAUGUUCAAUCUAUGACUACAUAUUGCUCAGGCAAUAGUAUAUAUCUCUCUAUUGAUACCUCCAAAAUACAUCUAUAGAGAGCCAUAAAACAAAGUCCAAAAUUGUUGGAGGUUAGAAUUGCCUAUAUUCUUGAAUUGAAACUUUUAUUUUGUAUAUUCUUACAGAGUUAACACCCCAUCAGAGUGUAAAUUAUUAAGUCAUAAAGCAUCAAUCAUAACAACAACAACAAUAAAUAAUUAUAAUUUAACAUGAAUGCUAUGUUAGAGCUCACAAAUGUAGUGCAUAGCAUAGGUUUUGCUAUGGGGGCUUUGUAGGGCUGAAGCUCUCUACUGCUGGUGGAGGAGGAGGCAGAUGAUUUGUGUUUUUAUUUUGAAUUUUAUAUCAGGAAGGUGCUUCUCAAAGCAGACAUCUAUUACAAAAAAGAAGGAUCAUUAGUUUAAUGCUCCCUGAGGCUACAAGAGGGGAGGCGGUGCUGGGGAAAAUAACUUUUCUCUCUAUUAGUUAGGUAGUAUGGGAUGGGGGGAUGCAUUUAAUACCUGGAUAUGAAAAAUGUUUGUUUCCAGAUAUGCUUACUUUGAGAUCCCAAAGAGCAUCAACAGCACACUAUUCAUGGGUAGACAGGAGGGAACAAUAACAUAGAGAGAAGGGACAUGACAUGACACAUCCCCACCUCUCUGUUGAAAGGACCCCCCACUGCAAAAAUAAAUAUUAAAUAAAUAAAGAUUGUGCUUCAGUAUAUAUACCCUAAAUUAAAACAUGCAUGCAUUUAAUUAUGCCUUUUGUCAUUGAAUGUAUAUCUAAUAACAGAUUGCAAAACAUGCAGUUCGCUUGUCUGCUGCCUUUGCAAGCCCUCCCCUUCUAACCCCACACAGACUUUCUGUGGCUGUCCAAUCACAGACUUCCCAAUACAGCUCAAUGAGAAAUCUUUGCAAGGUAGUUUUUCUCGGCAAUUGCUGCCUUUUGAGUUCAGCUCCACUGAGCUAACCAAACCUGGAAGUAGCAGGACUUGUUGUUAGCGUGAAGCCAGAUCAUUUACAAAAGUGCCAAUUUCUAGUAAAAUCUGCACUUUUUUUGUAAAAUGAAAAAAAAUUGGACACACUCUUCCCACAUAAAUCAUUUCUGCAAGGUGUAGUGGUCAUCAAUUUGUGCUUUUGAUUCAAGCCCCAGAGGUUUCUGGAACCUAGCAAUGCCACUGGUGUCCAGAUUUUACAUAUUACAAUGUAGAAAUCUUAAAGACAGCACAAGGAAUAGUCAUCAUCAGUAAAUCUGAUGUGUGCAGCAGAUUGAGAACCAGUACCAAAACGGAAAAGGCUGGUAGCUUUACUAAUUUGUCAAUACAGAAAUACUACAAACUAUGUUUACUUCUUUACAAGUCCAGUAAACCUCUUUUUUUUGUGGAUGCAUGAAUCGAAAUACAUUUCCGAAUUAUAAAGUCCACAGACUAAUAAACUAUAUAACUAGAAUUUACAUCACAAACCAGUUCAAUCCAGGCACAGCCAGGGCAAACACUGCAAAAGAGUAGGAAAAACAGAACAUUUUUCAAUUUCUCCUCUUCUCUGUUCACUUUCUGGAAGUAUCCCAUUUUAAUGGCAUUUUAUAAGUGUGAGAAAUAGGCACUUUCAUAAAUAAAUUAUGAAACACCUCCCAACCUGCCAGACAGCUAGUGAAGUUUUCUAUCUCCUCAUUUUAGCUCUACUGAGCUAAUGGAAGUGGCAGGCAGGCUGUUAUAGAGUGUCCCUGCCAUUGCCCCAAGACAGAGAGUUUGGAGCGCAUGUGAGUGCUCAUUCUACCUCACUGUUCUCAACUCCUGGUUCCUCCUCCUGGCACAUCAAUAAUUGGUCAGUCUGUGCUGGGGAAAAAAGUGGAAGAACUGCAUGCUUUUUUUUCCUUUUGCUAUAAUCCUUAUGCCAAAAUGCAUUAGUAAGUGCAUGCAUGUUUUCAUUGGGAUAUAUCUACUAAACUGUAUGCUGCAUAGAUAUGUGCCAAAACAGAUUCAAUCCUGAGAUCAAGAGAUAUAAACAUUAUAAAUGGCAGUGGUGCCUAGUGGGAGGAAACAGCUAAUUGUGGACAAAGUUAUACGUGGCCUUGUAUAUUAUAAUGAUAAUAACACUGCAACCUCCAAAAUAACCUUAUCUCAAUGGAGAUCUGGGGCGCAAUCUUACCUUAUGUGGUUAAUAGGAAAACUGAAGGGCUUGUCGACAUCUGGAGUGCUGAAGGUUGCCUACCCAUGUUACAGAAUCUAGAUCAAUAAACUAUGACAGCCAUAAAUGGGUACGUUGUACAGAGGUAACAUUUGAUUGGAAGCAGCAAAAUCCCCUACUCAAUGUAAAUCUCAAGGAAGCUAUGUCAAUCUCUUUACGUCUGCCUACAACAACCAGCUCCCAAAGAAGUCCUGCGGGGCAGCUGACAUUUUGAGCCUAUUUUAUAUAAUAAUGUGAGGUAGCUUGUCUCUCAGAUGGACAUAAACAUACUAAUACAACUCAUCCUAGAUUAUGUCCUGUUCUUGACAGAUUUCUAGCUAAUGAGAUAUAGAGGGUUAUGGAAGAAUCUAUGGACAUGGGGGAUUUGUGAAAAAGGCAAAAGAGAGAGAUGAUGUUGGGGAGGAGUAAAUGAGAGAGAUAGAGUUGGAGAAAAGUAAAACAGAGAAGUGGGGUUGUGGAGGAGUUAAAAGCGAGGGAUGACGUUGUGGAGCUGUAAAAAGAGAGGGAUGAGGUUGUGAUGGCAUAAGAAAAAAUGGCCCACUAAAAUUCUUUGUCGACUUUAAAUAUCUAUUUGUUCUGCACUGAUAAUAACUGAUAUUAGCAACUCAAAUUUAAAAUAUUAUACAUUAUGUUAUUUUAAAUAGCGGAAAUGCCAACAUUACAUAUAUUUUUUUUUUAUGCUAGGAUACCACUCAAGAGGAUGCCUUCCAUUCGUGAGACACUGAGGGACAUGGGUGUGAAAUUAACGGACGUUUUCCCUGAGAUGAAGUUGAUGGCGUCUGGGAACAAAAUAUUCACUAACAAGACUGCCCCAACAGAGCUCACAAACUACCUGGAUGUGAGCCCCAUCACACAAUUUACAUAAUUAUAGUACUGAGCAAAUGAAUGAAUUGCAGAAUCCUUAUCUAAGCAAUAAAGACUACACACUGUUUUGCCUAGCACAUUUUAAAAGAUUGUGCUGUAUUAGUCACAAUGCUUUUCACACGGUAGGGUGAAUUUAGUGGAGUUUAAGGUAAACUGGAAGUGAAUUUAACAAUUUAGGCCAUAUAUAGGUGACUUAGAGUUUUCAGUUCGACUAUACUGGCAUAUAAAAUUCACUUUAAAUCCAGUCAGUCUUUUAAAUACAUAAACAAUACUUGUGUAUUAAUUAAUGAAUGUAGCAUUUUUGAGAAUUUGAUUAAACUUUAAUUAGACAUAAGAGUAAAGGUUCCAAAACCAUGUACCAGGUAUGGUAAGCACGAUGGAAUGUGGAGUACUUCAUAUAUGCAGAAUUACAAAAAAGUUUUGAAAUCUCUGGGUUUAGUGAUUUGAGUAAGUUUUAAAAGUAUCUGUAACAGAAAAAAACAAAUAUAUUAAGUAACUUAGAUUUUAUGUUUUACAUUAUGUCUUGGUUCUGCAGACUCAGUAUUUUGGGGAGAUCAAAAUCGGCUCUCCUCCGCAGACAUUCAAAGUGGUGUUUGAUACAGGAUCUGCCAAUCUGUGGGUGCCAUCCCGCAGCUGCUCUCCACUUUACAGUGCAUGCGGUAAGUUAUGCACACAGCAUGCACACAAAGCAUUGUAUUUACUGCAAUGUAUACACUAUUCAACCAAUUCCUUACUCCUCACAAAUUUAACUUAGGGAUAAUAACCAAUGUUAAAGGGUAUUUUUUGUCAGUUUGUUGUUCUUAGCAGAAUUUUCCUCCUAAUUCGAAUGUACUAUUCAAAUUAAAAGGCAAUUCGUUAAAGAGAACCUGUAUUCCUCAAUUAACAAUUUUUUGGGGACUACCAUGUCCCUUUUUAUAGCAAUGUGAUCACAGUCCACCACACUUUUCUAGUAAAAAUGAAUGUUAACUAAAGAUAACUUACCUUGUUUCCAGCACUGAGGCACCUCUGCUGAAGCAGCCUCAUAGAGAAGUAUUGGUGGACGAGAAACGCACGUGCAGCAAAACACCAUACUAGGAGCAGCAUCAUUUGUGGCUGGCAGAAAGACAGCCACUAGAGUUGUAUUUAACCCUUCAAAGUAAAAAAUUGCUGUUUCUACACACCAGUGACAUUUUACAUUGAAAGUUUAAAAUGAGAGGACCCAGGCACCCAGGCAACUUAAUGGAGAUGAAGUGGUCUGGGUGACUUUAGUGGUCAUGUAAAUAUAUGCAGUAUUUGUUGUGUUUAGGCAGCCUUGUAUAUUACAAAUGAAAACCAGUUAAAGAACUGACUCCACAUGUGUAGCAUUUCAGGUUGAACUGAACCACAGAGAUAUCUGAGGUAGCUGCUUUAGCAGUGUCAUUGCCAAAGAGUUCUGGCCUGGUGAAUGUUACUUUUGUGUAUACUGGCUGUCUGUUGUCAGCAUUCAGCAAGUAUAUCAUCAUAGCAUAGCAAGAGACACCCAAAGGCGAAACAGUCCUCCUCCCUAAGCCUAUCCUCCAGGUUGUACCUACCCUCCAAUGGGGGAUAGUGAUAUCACUGGAUGAGUACCGACUGCAGGGAAAACUUGGCCACUUUUGCACAAUCGCAGGUAAGUUUUUUCUUUUACAGGGGUGGGGAGGGGGUUCCAUAACAAAAAACCAGAGCAGGAUUUCCCAUUAGACAGAAUAGGCACCUACCAACAGGUGCAUGCCUGAUAGGGGCACCACAGGGAUCUAAUCUGUCUUUAAAAACAGACACCCUUGGUGCUUUGUCUCCUCAGACACCCAAACAUGGGCUGCAGGAGUUUGGGAUAACUGUGGGGUUUGGUGAAUUUUCUGAUUACGGAACAAAAAUACAUUUAGUAAAUCACAGGUUGGAGUAACCCUUUAAUCCAUUAUUCUGUAGUAACAAAACCAUAAUAUUGUAUUGUUGAUAAAAAUAAAGAUAUAAUCAGGUUGUAAAUCUAUUUAUGUAAGUAGUGUGUUUAUAUGAAGGCCAUAAGUGAACUAUUGCCAAGAUGAAGUGGCGCUGAAAAGAGGUUAAAACCCCUUCAGCACCUUACCUUAUUCCAGCGCCGGGUUCCCUCGGCGCUGGUGACCUCUCCUCCCACUCUGACGUCAGCUCCCCCGUCCGACAUCAUAGGAGCUGAAUGCGCAUGCAUGGCAAGUGUGAAUGCUUUCCUAUGGACGCUCUGUCCGGAAGACAGCCACUAGAGGCUGGAUUAACCCCAAAUGUAAACUGCUAUGUUUGCAUCUGAAGGGUUAAAACCCGAAGGACAUUGCAACCAGACCACUUCAUUGAGCUGAAGUGGUCUGGGUGACUAUAGUGUCCCUUUAAUAGUUAAAUACAUUGGUAUCCACUGCCUGCACCAAAUCCACAAAAGACAGAACACUGCUAUACACAAAAAUAAAAAUAGGCCUCUUGAAUGUUUUUAUAAACAGUGCAAUUAUAUUGCAUAUGUCUGUUCUAUUAUUGGCAUAACUUCUGCUGUAUUGAACUUUUGUUUUUCUUUUUCACUAAGAAUCAUUCAUGUUCUUUCUUGCAUUUCAAUGUUAUAUUUUUUUCUUCACUGGCAGUUUCACACAACCAAUAUGACUCCUCAAAAUCCCAAACCUAUAUUAAGAAUGGAACAGGAUUCUCCAUACAGUAUGGAUCUGGGGGAGUGAAGGGAUUCCUGAGCCAGGACCUUGUCAUUGUAAGUGAGGACUGCAUCAGUCUAACAUUCUCCCUGCUAGGAGUUUUUAUACUAAAAGUAGAGAUUUUCUCCUUUGCUGUUUAUUGCCGGGAGCAAGCUAGUACAGUAUCAAUCUCUCUUGUUAAUGUGUCUUUAAAGUUAACGCUAUGGUAAAACUGCUCUCUGUAGGUUAACCUGUGAUUAAACUAUUACAUUUAACUAAUCCGCAUUCAUAUUUUUUAGCUUUCCAAUUAAAGAAUUUGUCAAUAAGAGGCAGUAUAAUAACUCGCAAAUCACUAUGCCUAACUUGGGUGAUGUUGCAGUGUUUGUAGUAGGCCCCUUAAAGGGACACUAGUCACCAGAACAAAUUUAGCUUAAUAAAGCAGUUUUGGUUUACAAAUCAUGUCCUUGCAGUAUCACUGCUCAAUUCUCUGCCAUUUAGCAGUCAAAUUACUGUUUAACAUAAACAAACAUAAACAAAUUGUUUAUGCAGCCCAAGCCACAGCUCCCUGCAUUUAACACAUGCAUGUGCACAGCCUUCCUAAACACGUCCUGUAAAGUGAGAUCUAAUGUUAACGUCCUUUACUAAACAGUCUUAAUUUAGAAUUUCUUAUCUCCUGUACAGUUAAGGUUUGUUAGAACUUGCAGGAGCUUCCUGUGUAUGAUUAAAGUUCAAUUUACAGAUAAGGUGAUACAAAUGUCUAAAGCAAGUUAAAGGACCACUCUAGGCCCCCAGACCACUUCAGCUUAAUGAAGUGGUCUGGGUGCCAGGUCCUUCUAGGGUUAACCCAUUGUUUUAUAAACAUAGUAGUUUCAGAGAAACUGCUAUGUUUAUCAAUGGGUUAAGCCUUCCCCCAAAGCCUCUAGCGGCUGUCUCAUUGACAGCUGCUAGAGGCGCUUGCAUGCUUCUCACUGUGAAAAUCACAGUGAGAGCACGCCAGCGUCCAUAGGAAAGCAUUAUGAAUGCUUUCCUAUGCGACCGGUUGAAUGCGCGCGCAGCUCUUGCCACGCGUGCGCAUUCAGCCGAAGGGGCGGAUCGGAGGAGGAGAGGAGGCAGAGAGCUCCCCGCCCAGCGCUGGAAAAAGGUAAGUUUUAACCCUUUUCCCCUUUCCAGAGCCGGGCGGGAGGGGGACCCUGAGGGUGGGGGCACCCUCAGGGCACUAUAGUGCCAGGAAAACGAAUAUGUUUUCCUGGCACUAUAGUGGUCCUUUAACAUCUGAUUAAAAAUGAAACAAUUUUAUUUUUUCAUGCUGCUGUGAGAAAGGGCUACAGAGAGGUGUGGCUAGGACUGCAGAGACAGAAACAAAAGUGACUCAUAGAUACAGGGACAGCAUGACACAAUGUAGAGAUUGGAUAUUUGACCGGAUCAAGAGACUGUGAAUACCCUGCUUAUUAGUAUUCAUAGCCGUGAAUAUCCAGUUUUGCCUAACAAAUCACUACACAUUUUUAAAGAUAUAUAUUUAAUAUGUAAACAACCUCUCUCAACAAACAAUUCCACAUCUGUAAAGUUCAUAAUGUACUAAAGAGUCUGUUUUCUAAACAUUAAGAGUAAUAUCCUUACUUUCAUCUAAUAUGAUGACAACCUUUGAAGUGGAAAGAUUAGUGGAAAGCUGUUUGAACUUCCCCUGUUUUAUUUGUAUAAUGUGAUCUCUCUGCAUAACAAUUUUACAUUCCUCUUUUUUUAGUCUAUAAUAUCCUUCUUUGAAAAUGGUGCCAACCAUUGUAUCUUAAAGGAUCACUAUAGGGUCAGGAACACAAACAUUUAUUCCUGACCCUAUAAUGUUAAAACCACCAUCUAGCCCCCUGGGUCCCAUAAAUAUAGCAAAAUCUUACUGUAUUCAAGCCUGAAGCUGUAGAUCUGCAUGCUGUUUGCCUCAGCUGUCUGCUGACAUUAUCAGAAGUGGUAGCCUGAUCUAAUCACAAUGCUUCCCCAUAGGAUUGGCUGGGACUGGCAAAGAGGGAGAUCAUGGGCAGAGCCAGCACAAUUCAAACACAGCGCUGGCCAAUCAGCAUCUUCUCAUAGAGAUGAAUUGAAUCAAUGAAUCUCAACGAGGAAAGUUCAGUGUCUGCAUGCAGAGGGAGGAGACACUGAAUGUUUGGAUGCAUUUUAGGCAGCCAUGACCCCGGAAGAAUCUCUAACAGCUAUCUGAGGAGUGGCCAGUGAAGUUCUCACUAGGCUGUAAUGUAAACACUGCAUUUUCUCUGAAAAGACAGUGUUUACAGCAAAAAGCCUGAAGGUAAUGAUUCUACUCACAAAUUCAAUAAGCUGUAGUUGUUCUGGUGACUAUAGUGUCUCUUUAAGGUUCCCAAGGUUAAGAAGGUUAAAGGUACACUAUAGGGUCAGGAAUGCAAACGUGUAUUACAGACCCUAUAGUGUUAAAAACAUAGUUUAGGUCCCAGCCCCCUUUCAAAAGGUUAUAAACUUACCUUUAUUCCAGCGCAGCAUGGGUUCACUGGUGCUAGCUCUGCCCUGAUCCGCCUCCUUGGCUUAGUUCAUCAGUGUCCAAUUUCCCAUUAGAUAGCAUCGGGAGGCACGGCAAAACAUUGAGCGAAUCAGCAUCUUCUCAUAAAUGCAUCUCAAUGGGGAGCGUUCAGCUCCUCCAUUCAAAGCGUGAAGACACUGAGCGUCAGUGCUGCACAUUGUCCAGCACUGACCGAGGAAGCACCCCUAGUGGCUGUCAAAGUGACGGCCACUAGUGGUGUCCCUAGGCAGUAAUGUAUUUACACUAAAAUGCCAGAAGGACAUUAAGUUGUAGUUGUUAUGGUGACUAUAGUGUGCCUUUAAGAAUGUUUUUAAACUUUACCAUUUUCCAUUAACACACACUUUGCAUUUUUCAAUCCAAGAAUAAACAUUAUUAUCAUAUAUAGUAUUUGUUUGUGAGCUAGAUCAUAGAGAAGUGUAGAAUGUAAUGUAGGAUGUCCGAGGCCUCAACACUUGGCAGAUUAAGUAAUAAAUGACAGCUUGCCCUAAUAUCUUAUUCUUUCUAUGAUCCCAUACUUCCCAAGUGUCCCUAUUUGGGCCCAAAUCCUGUUGUCUCUCUUCUCUAUGAUAAUGCCUCUUUGUAAGAGCUCCUUAUUGUUAGUUUGUCUAAGUGUAUAAGAGAGCACCACAGCAAUAAUACUCACAGUAAUGUGUCACAGUAAUGAGUCUCUAUUACAAUAAAUGCAUUUAGAAAUCUGUAGCAGAUCGAAUAUUGCUAUUUGUGUUUAGAAAUCAGUCUGUGUACAUAAGAUACAUUGUUCUAUUUCUAAAUUACAUGUUAGUUGCAUAAAUUGUUACUAGUCACCUAAAAUUUCUCAGAACAGCCCCAUUGUUGGUCACACUCUCACCUACACCCCAUAAAUUGAAAGUGUCCCUCUUUGUCCAUUUGGAAUGUUGGAGUCAUAUAUUCACCUGCUUCUGACACUAUUCUAGUUUUCUUCUUUGGUUUUGAUCUAAAUCCUAUGAUUACCACUAACAAAUAUUAUGUGCGUCCAUUAGAAUCUUGCUAAAAAGUUCUUUCAUCAAGCAUAACUAAAAUUUACAGAUAGAUGUCUGUGAAGCACAUGGGGCAUUUAAAGUACAACUGUCACCUCAACCCUAAUUUUUGAUAUAAUUACCCUGUUUCCAGUUUUGAAAUGAAAUAGAUUGUGUUAAAUGAUUUAUAAGUGAAAUACUUUUUUUUUUUUUUUUAAAUGAGUAAAUCUCAACCCUGUCUUUGGAAAAUGGCAGAGUGCUUCAGCCAUAUACAUGCACCUUGGGUCAGACACUGCUUGUAUUUGACAGUUAAUCGAUCUGAUGAUGUAACUGCACUGUGCAGGGAGUGGAGAGAAGAAUGAUAGAGACUAUAAAGAUCUGGGUUGCCCAAAAGGUAGAUCCCCAGAUGUUGUAGAAUUAAAGGUCUCGUGAUGCUCUGAAUGCAUUUGGAAUGCAUUUUAAAUGGGUAUCUACCUUUUGGGCACCCCUGAUGCCAGAGGUUUUCAAACACUGUCUGACGCAAGGUGCUUGUAUAUGUAUGAAGGAUUCUGUCAUAUAGUAAAGUUACGGAUGAGUUUUUCUCAUAUAUAUAUUUUUUUACAUCUUUAUUUAACAAAGAAUCCAUUUCCUUUCAAAACUUGAUGAAAGAAUCAUUAUUAUAAAAGAUAGUGCUAAGGCUACAGUUCACAUUUAACACUGACAGUUGCUAUUUGCUAUAUAUCUUUUACUAACAGAAGCCUCUGUUAUUUAUAAUGUACCGUUCUAAAUAUAUAUUUGUUAAUACAAAAUAAUCAAUAUAACUUUACUAUUUUUUUCAUCUUCUGGACAAGGCAUAAAUCCUAAAAAAACAUCUUUUAUUGAUACUACGCAUAUCAUUUAUAUGUAGGGUUCAUUCAAUCUUCACUUUAUUUUAAAAUAACUGACUCUUCUCCUAAACUUCAUUCCACCCAUAUAAGUAUGUUCUUUUGUUCCCUCUCCUUACAUCUCAAUCUCUCUAUUCUAUUUCAGGUUGCAGAAAUUCCGGUGAUCCAGGUUUUUGCCGAAGCCACUGCCCUCCCUGCAUUGCCCUUUAUAUUUGCACGCUUUGAUGGGGUGUUGGGAAUGGGAUUCCCAAACCAAGCUAUUGAUGGAAUUACCCCAGUCUUUGACCAAAUCGUGUCUGAGGGAGUUCUAGAGGAGGAAGUCUUUUCUGUGUAUUACAACCGGUGAGGGGGAAUGGGGAACAAACAGGAUGACAAAUACAUACAUUAUAAUGAAUGCUAGGGACACACAGUUUAGAUAUAGGACAAUCAAUAUGACACAGAGACCUUUGCAGAACAGCACUCCAAAUUACAGCAUGCCUAAUUCACUCUAGAUAUUUAAAGGAUCACUAUAGGGUCAGGAACACAAAUAUGUAUUCCUGACCCUAUAGUGUUAACACCACCACCUAGCCCCCCUGGGCCCCUCAUGCCUCCAUAAAUAUAGUAAAAUCUUGCUGUAUUCAAACCUGAAGCUGUAACUCUGCAUGCUGUUAGACUCAGAAAAACAAGCAGUCUGCUCACAUGUGGUAGCCUGAUCCAAUCACAAUGCUUCCCCAUAGGAUUGGUUGAGACUGACAAGGAGGCAGAUCAGGGGCAGAGCCAGCAUGAUUCAAACACAGCCCUGGCCAAUCAGCAUCUCCUCAUAGAGAUGAAUUGAAUCAAUGAAUCUCUAUGAGGAAAGUUCAGUGUCUGCAUGCAGAGGGAGGAGACACUGAAUGUUUGGAUGCAUUUUAGGCAGUCAUGACCCAGGAAGGAUCUCUAACAGUCAUCUGAGGAGUGACCAGUGAAGUUAUUACUAGGCUGUAAUGUAAACACUGCAUUUUCUCUGAAAUGACAGUGUUUACAGCAAAAAGCCUGAAGGUAGUGAUUCUACUCACCAAAACAAAUUCAAUAAGCUGUAGUUGUUCUGGUAACUAUAGUGUCCCUUUAACAUUUCCAUAACCAAUGAGAAAAAAAAAUCUGCCACUUGCUUAGCUAACAAUACUUUGGAAUAACCUCCCUUUCAUUCCAUCACAGUUUAUAGACUGUCUCUAUAUUGUCACAGCUUGAGUAACCAGGAUCUCCUUUCUUUGCAGACGUUACAAGUGAGAAGAUAAGUCCCCAAACCCUCCCCACCGACGUCACUCCCAUUAUCAUGGUGCCCUGUGUGGUAACAGAUUCCUAUCGUUCGGACAUACACUACCCCCACUCACUUCAUUACACCUAUAUAAACCCUCUCUUCUCUGAUCAUUCUCUAAACCACAAUACAACCUAAUUGAUAACUUUACACACAUAUAGCUAGAUUGGCUUUCUACAAUAAAAUAGAUAUUUUCCCCUACACUCAUCAUAAUUUUGCUUCCACCUAUAUUCUACAAUCUAUAACAUUUUUACAUAGUUUUACGUCUUCCUAUCUUUAGAUAAGAUGAUUAGGUUAUAUAAGCUUAAGAAUACGCUUGUAGAAUUGCUUAUCCAUAAUAAAAAGUGAAAAGGAGGAAAGAGUGAUUGUAAGCACUGGACUGAUGGGGAGAGUGCACCUGAAACAGACUGACGGAGCUAGAAAAGCUAGAAUAGUCAGCCAUAUAUGAUAGCAUAUUAGCUUUAUUUGACAGUCACAGUCAGCAGCAGACUUGGAUAAAGGUAAGAUUUUACUAUAUUUAGUGGAGGAAGGGUGAGGUCAGAGGGCCGUUAUCGUAUUUUUAAAGCAGUAAGGUCAGGAAUACAUAUCUGUGUUCCUGAUACUAUAGUGUUCCUUUAAGUGGCUGUUUAGGUUACCGAACCCUCUCUUUUCUCCCACGUCGCAGUGGUCUCACCACUUCUGGCCUUGCCUCCAGAGGUGAGAGCAUCUAUCUUGAUGAUCUCAGCCAAAACAAUGUUUUUCCAUAGGAAAGCUAUUGCACAUGUAUAUUAAAGGGACACUCCAGUCACCAUAAUAAUAAUCAGUGGUUCCCGGCCCAAGGUUUUCUGAGUGAAAUUUCUGACCUUCAGAGGUAGUGUAGGGGCAGAGCAAUCUGGUCUUGUUGUACAGACUUUGUGGUUAAACCAUUCAUUAAUGGUUUAAAUCCCUAAGUUAAGACGGUACUCGAUAAACAGUUUUUCUGUACUUGGCAUUUAAAGGAACACUAUAGGGUCAGGAACACAAACAUGUAUUCCUGAACCUAUAGUGUGAAAAACCUCCUUCUAGCACCCCUUGGCCCCUCAUGCCUCCAUAAAUAUAGCAAAAUCUUACUUGUAUUCAAGCCUGAAGCUGUAGCUCUGCAUGCUGUUUGCCUCAGAAUAGUGAGCUGUCUGCUGACAUCAUCAGAGGUCGUGGCCUGAUCCAAUCACAAUGCUUCCCAUAGUAUUGGCUGAGACUGACAAGGAGGCAGAUUGGAGCAGAGCGAGCACAAUUCCAACACAGCCCUGGCCAAUCAGCAUCUCCUCAUAGAGAUGAAUUGAAUCAAUGAAUCUCUAUGAGGAAAGUUCAGUGCCUGUAUGCAGAGGGAGGAGACACUGAAUGUUUGGAUGCAUUUUAGGCAGCCAUGACCCAGGAAGAAUCUCUAACAGCCAUCUGAGGAGUGGCCAGUGAAGUUAUCACUAGGCUGUGAUGUAAACACUGCAUUUUCUCUGAAAAGACAGUGUUUACAGCAAAAAGACUGAAGGUAAUGAUUCUACUCACCAGAACAAAUUCAAUAAGUUGUAGUUAUUCUGGUGACUGUAGUGUCCAUUUAAGCACACCUAUACACAGUUUGCUUUUUAUUCUGAAUUCUGUAUUAGAGGAGACAUGUAAAAAAAAGCUGGCUAGGGACACCUUGUAGUAGCACAAAGGCUCUAUCCUUUAGUAUUAACUUAUUUUAUACUCUAAAAUGUCUUCCUAACUCUUCACGUCUGAAAAUAAAUCUACUGUUCUUCACAUUUACCUAAACAAAAUAUAUAGAUAUAUAUCCUAAAUGAUUCUUAUUAAAGUAUAUUCCAAAUUUAGGGCCAAAAUAGCCAAAGUGAGAAAAUAAUUUACUUGAGAAAUUCACUUGAUUUACCAGCAGUUAUCAGUUAGCUAGUUUGGGUGAUUCUGGCCUAGACCAUUCCCUUCCAGGUAAUCUUAGUGCUGUACUGCAUGCAGCUUCCAGGUAAUCUAAACAUAUCCCAUCUAGCACAGAUGUUAGCACGAUUUGCAUCUAAAAAGUCUCUCUUUAAAAAACAACUCACUUUUUAAUGCUUGGCUUAUAUUUCCCUAACAUGCAAGGAAUCACACACACUACAUAAGGCAUCACACACCUAGGAAUCCAUGCGCUAAUAUACCUAAUCAGUCAUUCACACUCUUUUUCACUCACCCAUACUAAAUUUUAUAACACAGUAAUGACACAUACACAACUAGCCAAUUACUCACAUGAAAACACAUCUAGCUAUUUACAGAUACCCACACAUUAUCAGCACACUGACACACACAUAACUAGCCACUCUCAAAAACACACAACCAUCUAAUAAUUUGCACACCUAACUAUCCAUUCUUUCACACACCCAUAUGAUUUGCCACAAUCACCCCUUAAUUUAAAAGAUACUCACUCAUAUUUGCAUGCAAAGAUACACAUUUCCAGCUGGAUUAUUCCUUCUCCCCUCCAACCUCACUGCCACCUGACAGAGGUGUUGUGGUUCUCCGCAGCUCCUGUUCUUUAGUGACGUGUGGGCUGUCUGUACAUCUUUAAGGAGGAAACAGCUUCAGGGCUCCCUUGCACAAUUACCAGCGUGAUGCACAGGUCUACAUGCAGGGCCUGCGCAAGUGAAGGUGGCAAAAGUGCCCACCUAAGGGUGCUAUUGCAGGGUGUGACUGUGUAUACAUAGUUACAUAAAGUACAUCAAGUUCAGCCUGGAAACCCAUUCUUUUAUGCUAUUGAUCCAAAAGAAUGCAAAAGACCCAAUCUGUAUGCAUUUCAAAUUUUGCCACAAGAGGCAAACAAAAUCCUUAUGGACUCACAUUUCUCCAUGGAUCAACAACCUUUUCACAUGCAUAUCAAUUAUAUCCUUGAAUACUCUGUUUCGGUAAAACAAAACAAAAAAACAUUCAAUUAUUUAGAUGACUGUCAAUGUGUGUUAGUGUGUCUUUGUGUGACUGUCAGCCUAUGUAUAAGUAUUAUAAUUUAUAAAGGGCCAACAAAUUCCAUAGCACUGUACAAUUGGAGGACUAACAGACAUGUAUUUAUAACAAGACAAGUUUGACACACAGAACAGAGGGGUUGAGAGCCCUGCUCAAUAAGCUUACAUGCUAGAGGGAGUGGGGUAUAGUGACACAAAAGGUAAGAGUAGGAUAGAAAACUAUGUUGAUAGAAAAUUAUUCACUGGGCACUUAGUGUGUUGUUUUUUUUAAUUACAUUUUCAGGAAAGGAAUCUGGGUGCGUGGAAGGAUUGUUACUGUGUUUCUGUGUUUGUUUGGCAGUGUGUGAGUUUACCCUCUGACCAGCUUCAGCAUCACAAACUAGACACAGUAGAGACAAUGUGAUUUGACAUCAUGUCAUGUCCUCACCUCCUCUUCUCACAGCACUGCUGUCAGUCAUGUGGAUUUAAAGUCUGAGAGGGACAAAAAGCAGCGUUAAAGGUUAAAAAAAAAAAACUAAAAGAUAAUGUGCAACAGAGAGAGUCAGGAGGGUGGGAGGGUAUAGUAAUCUUCCACAGGCAUUCUGCCUGUAAGGGGAAUAAUAUUACAUUUGUUGGCAGCGUGCAGUGCGUGCUGACCACAGAUGUAUUUUAUGCACAGAAUUGACAUUAGCAGCACUGAGCAGAAUUCUGGGCUUCCAAUGUCAUGUGUGCUUGGGGUACAACUAGCCCCCAUCACACAAUUCCAAAAAUCCAAGCUAAAACACUGCACAUACUGACUCCUACCACCAUGGCCAUUUCAAAUCACGGUCAUGGUGUUUGGAGUAACCCUUUAAGGGCUAUCAGAUCAGCCACAUUAUAGGAAUUGAGGUGAAUGGUACGGGUAUUGUUCAAUGGUGUUGAAAACUGCAGGUUAAAGAGUGAGGAGAAUAAACAUAGGGGGAGGGUGGCAGCAAAAUGCAUCUUCGCCUGUAUAGCAAAAAAUCCUUGCACUGGCCCUGACCACAUGGGAACCCUGAAGCUGCAGAGAAGCCUAUUAGAAUAUGUCAAAGGAGAUCUUUUGAUCUCUCUUGAAUGCUGCUGGCAUUUGUUGAGCGUUGGAAUAACGUUCAUAAUCAUAGUAUUAUUAUUACUAUGCCAUCUACCAAAUGAUUAUACUAAAACAGAAGACAUAUAUUAGUUAUGAAUGCAAAUAAAAGAACAAUCUCAAAAGUCACUUCAGGACUUAGGUAAGUCGCAUUGGCAUGUCCUUUACACACAGUUUCUCUCUCCAUCUACCUGCAGGGAUAUCCACUUGAUGAAAGGUGGAGAGAUCAUCCUGGGUGGUUCAGACUCUGAAUAUUACACAGGAAGCUUUGACUAUCUUGAACUCGAAAAGAAAGGAUACUGGCAAAUCAGUAUGAAGGGGUGAGAAAUAGUAACAUCUCCACAUAUUUGCAUACAAUCCUGCUGAAAAUUACAUAACAUUCCCAGCAGCAUAUAUAUGUUUGUUUUAUUAUUUAUUUUAAAUUUAUUUUGUUUUUGUUUACUACAAAACUAUAAAAUCUACUGCACAUUAUAGCUUCCCUCCUAAACAAAAGAAUUGAAGUGGUAGAGGUUAACACAGUAAAGGAGUUUAAGCAUGCGUGGGAUAGGCAUAAGGCUAUCCUAACUAUAAGAUAAGACUAAGGACUAAUGAAAGUAUUUAGAAAAUUGGGCAGACUAGAUGGGCCGAAUGGUUCUUAUCUGCCGUCACAUUCUAUGUUUCUAUGUUUCUAAUUAAAACAAACUAGUAAUAUUAAAAAUGCCCAUUUGCUUUGCUCCUUUAUUCUUAUGACAUGGUUUCCUUUAACAGGGUGUCUGUUGGGGCAGAUCUCCUGUUCUGCAAGGAUGGGUGCUUGGCAGCAAUAGACACAGGAGCAUCUUACAUAACAGGUCCUGCUGGUUCUGUGUCAGUUCUUAUGAAAGCUAUCGGUGCCACGGAAUUAGCAGAAGGACAGGUAACAAUAUUGGUUAUAUUGGUAGUGGCUAUUACACAGAUUGACAAGUCGAUAGUGUGUGGAAAAAAAAUAAAAGGGCAAUGUUUCGAUGUAUAAGCUUAAGAAAAAUCCAUAUACAUGUCGAAACAUUACCCUUUCACUUUGAUGGCUUAAUAAACCACCUGGAUUUACUGCAGAGUACCUUUAUUUUUUGUUUACUUAUUACACAGAAUGAUUAGGACAUGGCUUGACAAAUUUGCUUUGAAUCUAGGAGCCAGCUAAAGUUAGGAGCCAGGUUUUUUUUUUGCUUUUUUUUCAACGACAAAAAUAACAGAUAAAAGGGACACUAUAGUCACCAGAACCACUACAACUCAAUGUAGUGGUUCUGGUGUCUAUAGCCACUAGAGGUGCUUCCUAGUCCAGUGCUCUACAUAUAGGCGCUGAACGUUUCCCACAGAGAUGCACUGAUCCAAUGCAUCUCUAUGAGGAGAUACUGAUUGGUACAGCCUAUUGGAAGACCAUCAAUACAGUAAGACUGGCGCAUCAUGGGAAUAAAUGUGUGUAAAAACACCUUUCCUAUGUGAUCGGGAGGGGGGCUGUCACGUAAAUAAUUUGUUUCACACUGUAGUGUCAAAAAUACAUAUUUGUAUUCCUGACGCUAUAUUGUUCCUUUAAAUUUGCACAUAAAGAAGACUAGAACCAGACCAUGGGCAUUUAACUAUGCAGAUACUCUCACACACUCUGACACUGACAGACACACACACAUUCUCUCACAUAAUCACAAAUUAUUUGUUUUAUUUUAAUUUACGUCAACCCUACCUCGACCUGGGGUCCAAUGUGGCUGCUAUGAUCCUGUGAUCUUCAAGCUCUUCUUGUACUGCUGUUUAGUGAUGGCAGAGCCAGAGUGACGCCAUAUCCCGGCUACCAGCAUCACAGCAGGAGGCGAAGGAGAAGAGCAUGAAUAUUACAGGUCCUUUACUGCCAGCCACUACUGCUCACAGCAGCCUGCCUUAGGGAGGCCCUAAGGGGCCAGUUCUGGGGCCCCAACUGACAGGUGGAACACAGAGGGACUGUGUGCACUUGUGAACUCAGCGACCCCUGCAAUUCUGCUACUGCACCUGCAGUCAUCGGUGCUGUGCUGAACGGGCGGACAAACACCCAGACGCCAUGCCAAAAAUGGUAGUAGUCAUGGCAACCAGGAUGUGAUAAGCACGGGACUAGAACAUUAUAUUCAUAGUAACAUACCAGAAGGUAAAAUGAGAAAGUACUGAAGACCACCUAUAGGUGUCACUAUAUAUCAACUUGUGAACAUAUGUGUUCAAGAAUGCUAUAGGACAGUCAAACCUUUAUUUAACCAUCAUAUUACAAUUUAUAUAACCCCAAUAUAUUUAUCAGCACUUGGGCAUACAAUGGGGAAAUGAAAAUAAAUACAAUUAAAGACAAAAUAAGGUGAACUGUUAUGUAUAGAAAAAAAGAUAAAGAACUCCACAUAACCAUAGGCAGGUAACCAGGGUUGGGGUCUUCCUUCAUUCUUCACAUAGAGUUGGUGAACAGGGGCCAAACUAUUUCAUGGUUCCAAUGGCCCCCUAUCUAAUCCAUGGGCCCUAGGAAGUUAGAUAUGUCACCAUUAAGACCGUAUUUUCUAAAUUCUACAAAAUACAUUUGGACCUUAUAAAAUUACCUUAAUAGAGAUAAAAGUCUACAUUUUCACUACGUAUGUUUUUUUGUUUAAUAUAAUUAAUACACUAACUUAAUUUAGUGCUGAUUUAUGUGUCAUUCCUACAAUGGAUUUUCUGGAAAUAGACAGCAGGCUUCAGGCUUCAGGCUUCAGGCUUCACUUUACAAAAACAGUUUUCAAAACAAAUUUGUGUGAUGUGGAAAAUAUAUAUAAUGCAGCCCUCUACCACAGGAACAAUAACAACUUCAUCUCAAUUGAGGUAUUAUAGCAUUAGCACCUGGAGGUACUGGGUGCCAUCUUACCUGAAUGAAGGUUACAUUUUUUACAUACCAUACUUUCUCGAGUGGUCUUAUCAAUGGUCUGUUAGUCCACCUGUUGUACAGCACUGCGGGAUUUGUUGGAGCUUUAUAAAUAAUAAUAAUUAUUGGAGGUUAGUGAUAGACUGGGGGCCCUAAGGUAGACUAACAGAAGCAAAGCUCCUGGACAACUUUUUUUUAAAAAAAAACCAGUUUAACAUCGUAAGGACAGAAGGCAUCCCUUUCAGAUAAAGUAUUUCUGGAGCUCAGUGUUCAAUUCAAUACUACAUUUCAAAACAUGUAUCUCACUUGCUUUAUUUUUCCCUCAGUAUAUUGUGGACUGUGAUAAAGUUUCCCAGCUCCCUGACAUAUCGUUCCAUAUGGGGGGGAAAAAGUACACUCUCAAAGGGCCAGCAUACAUCCUGCAGGUAUGUUUGACUCAAUUAUUGCCAUUACUUAUUGUUUAGUUAUCUUUUAUUGUUAUUAAGAAUAACCUUGUAUUUAAAGUUAAAGUAGAGAAAAUGUGGUUCGUGAGCAAGCUUUCAAAAUUGUGUUAGUUACAAUAAUAUGAAAAAAAUAACACAGUGGAGCGCUUAUUUAUAUAAUAAAGUGCAAGAAUAAUGGUGAAAUAAUACUGCAAGAUCCUUGAGAGAGUUGUAUACGAAAAAUGUACUGAAUUCCUUGAUUCUAACCCUCUGCUUGACCCGCUUUAGUUUGGAUUCCACACUUGUCACUCUGUUGAAUUGACUUUGACCAAAGUAACCAAUUACUUACUCGCACCUAAAUCCAGUGGUCACUGUUCUUUUUUAAUUCUCCUUGACCUUUCUGCUGUUGAUUAUCAACAACUUCUACUCAUCCUCCGUAAUCUGUGUGUCCUCCUACCUCUCCCAGUGCUUUUUCAGUGUUUCCUCUUCUGGCUUCUCCGCCAUCCCUCUCUGUUAGUGUUACCCAAGUUCUGUCCUUGGUCCCUUACUAUGUUCAAUCUAUACUGCAUCCCUUGGCAACUUAUCAGCAACUUUAGCUUCCAAUAUCACUUCUAUACAGAUGACACACAAAUCUACCUGUCCUCUCCUGAUCUCUCACUAUUCCGCUUUAUUCGUGCCCAGUUCUGCUGCUCUGCUACUUCUACUUAGAUGGCUGUUCACUUUCUUUUACUCAACCUGUCCAAAACAACUUCACAUCUUUACUUCCUCAAGCAUUGCUAUCACCAUGUCUGUUUCCCUACCAUCAGCUCUACCUCACUGGCUAGCUGCCUAGAACUUCCCCUUACCCCCCAUAUCCAGUCAACUGUCAAAUCAGUUAACAUCUCAAAAACGUUUGCAUACACCCCUAUCUAAUGCCAGAUGUGGUUAAGGUGCUAGUCCUUGCAGCUAUACUCUCUCUGGCUAAUGCUAUCCACUUCUUAAUGGUCUUAACACAUUCUCAGCUUGCCCUGCUAGAGUUUAUAAUAAAUGCUGUGGCGAGGCUCAACUUUCAAACUGCACCUCCCACACCUCCCCUCUAUGCCAGUACACGGCUUCCCGUAAGAUAUAGGUCUCAAUUUAAAAGUCUGGUACUUGCUUACAAAUCUAUACAUAACACUGCUCCAACUUAGCUUUCCUCACCAAUACACAAGUAUGUCACCAUCCAAGCCCCUACGCUCUGCCGAGGGCCUGUGUCUCAGUCCUCUAACGCCCACCACCUUCAAGAUUUCUCUAUAGCUGCACUGUUUCAAUGCUCCAUUACAUACAGUGAGAUCCUCCAUAGACAGAACCAAUUUCCUGAUUGACACUUCUAGACAUUGGGCAGAGCUACCGCUGUCCAGAAGUGUCAGGCGUGGGAAAUUUAUAGAGACUUUGUCUCAGUACUGCUUAACUUGGUUGUGAUUUCAGUGAAAAUAUAUCAAUCUUUAUGAAAUACUAAUUUUUUGGAGGGGGGGUUGCCAAUAUAAACUGCCAAUAUAAACCAUUAAUAGCUUUCCCUUACCACACCUUGUUAACCCCACCCACCUCUACUGCAACUGUGCCAUCUAAAAAAACUAAGUCUUCAUUGUAAACCAUUCUAGCAAGCUACUUUUCACGUACAUGAAACACGUCCUUCCCUUACAUCUUGUGUAUCUUAACGGACUCUCCCUUGAAUGUAUGCUUGUUUGAGCAAGGCCUUCAACAACCUCUGUUUCUGUGCAUCCAUCUCGUCUUUUUGCAAAUACGGAUAGUCCACCUAUUGUACAGGGCUGCGGAAUUUGUUGGCGCUCUAUAAUUAAAUAUAAUAAUACAAAAACAGAUAUAUGCAAACACAUUUAACCCUUAGGAUUUUCUACUUACAGGCACAUGACAUUUAAACCUGGCCCAGUUCAUACAGACAAGUAACGAUGGAAAAGAGUGCCCUUCUCACAUGAAAUAAAGCUGUUUAACCUAUUAACUUAUUUUAUUUGAGAGCCAUCUGGAUGCCUACUUCCUCGCUUGUUUUGGUGGUGGAAAGAUGUGCUCUUAUGGUGAAACACUGUGCUUAAUUGAAAUGAAGAGUAUUAUAUUUAUGUGACUUUACCAUUUGAAGCCGCACUGUUUAUUAGAUGAUAUAUAAGAGCUAUUGCACAGUAAAAUGCAAAUGAGUCUCCAAAUUCUGAAGCAUAUGAAUAAUUUCUGUUUUUUGGGUUUUUUUCAGCAAUCCCAGUUUGGAGAAGAAGUCUGUUCUGUAACAUUCUCUGCAUUGGAUAUCCCUCCUCCUACAGGGCCUCUGUGGAUUCUUGGGGCCACCUUCAUAGGUCAAUAUUACACUGAAUUUGACAGACGUAAUAAUCGUAUUGGAUUUGCUACAUCCCGGAGUGUAGAAGGAAAAUGAGUUAUUCCCAUUGCCGUCAGAAAAGGCACAGAUUUACCCUGCUGUUCCCAUAGACGCAAAAUUAAAAAUGUAAAAGCUGUUGAAAUGUAGUAAACAAAUUUGUAAAGAAUUGUCAA